AUGUCGUCGGCGGCGGUGUCGGCGACGGAGGAGGAGCGAACGGAACACCUGAUCCUGGUGGACGGUUUGAGCUUUGUCUUCAGGGCGUAUUACGGAUGGAACGCGCGAGGGAACGGAGAAGGUCUGACGAAUGCGAGCGGAGAGGACACGUCGGUGCUGUAUUCGUACGCGCACACGAUAUGCUCGCUGUUGGAGAUGCGGCCGACGCACCUGGCGGUGUGCAUGGACGCCAAGGGGAAGACGUUUAGACACGAGAUGUUCGUCGAUUACAAGGCGAAUCGACCGCCGACUCCGGAGCCGUUGUUGGAGGUGAUUCCAAAAGUGGAGCAGCUGGUGCGGGAUAUGGGGGUGCCGGUUUUGAGGUUGAGUGGGGUGGAGGCGGAUGAUAUCAUCGGUACCGUCUCCAGGAGAGCCAGCGAUGCGGGGUUCAGGGUGAGCAUCUGCUCUCCGGACAAGGAUUUUUACCAACUCCUCGGUCCGCGGACUUCGAUGUUAAAGCCGAACAAGAGCAACAAGGGCGAUCCAUUCGUGCCGUUUACCGAAGAAGAUUUCCGAGCGAUGCACAAUCACGUCAUCGAACCCGCGCAGUUCAUCGAUUAUUUGGCCCUCGUGGGCGACAGUAGCGACAAUAUUCCUGGCGUCGAGGGCGUGGGACCCAAAACCGCGUUGGCGCUCUUGGGGGAGUACGGUACCAUCGACGCCGCGCUCGCCAACGCGAGCAAAGUCAAGGGAAAGCGCGCUCGAGAGAGUUUACUCAGCGAGAAGGGCGCGGCGAGCGCGGCGUUAUCCCGCAAGCUCGUCGAGAUUCGUCAAAAUUUGACCGUCCCGUCGCUCAACGAGCCCCUGUUGCCGCUCGAGAGUCUCGCGGUGCGCCCGCCGUCCGACGGUGGUGUGGCGGGCACACGCGCGUUCGAACACUACGAGUUGGCUACCGUUUUAGAUCGUUGGAAGCGCGUCGCACAGGUCUGA